UCACUUGAUAGUGAAUGUUGUUUUCUGAACAUAAUAUGGAAUGCGAUGACUGGAGUAUUUGUUUUGUUAGCUUUCGUACUUUUUGUUUUUAUUUUGGGAUCAUGCGUUGUUAUUUGCUGCUAUUGGCGUACAAAAAGUGAGCAACGUAAAGAAGUCUAUGAAUAUAGUUUGUACGGUUCACAGGUCAGGCUUUAUUAUCUUUCAAAAUUUGUAAUAUUAGCUUUAAAACUUUGA